AAACCAACAUGGAGGUAUGGAGAGCGGAGGGCUUCGAGGCGAAGAUGGAGGCGGCGAUGAAGAAGAUGAAGACGAUGCUGAAGGAAGGAAGAGACGCCUGCCUUCCUGCAGAUGUUCCACACACCUAUGAAGACAAGUACGACCUUGUCGAGAAUGUCACCAACUCAGCGUUGGCUUGUCUCCUGGGAUCACUCGAGCUUUUCGGGCUCUCAAAGGACACGAUCGACGCUAACAAGGCACAUAAAGACGGACAGCCCGUCUUGCUCUGCUUCAAGAGCACGGAGAAGUGUGCGUUCGACUGCAAGAAGACCAGGGAGGAAGCACAUCCUCGAAAGGUAGAGGCAGAUACGAGGGUCACCAACACGCACGAGAACGAUCAGGGAGACUUCUCAAAGACCACAAAGACAAAGACAACAUCGUACAAGGUAUCCACACUCAUCGACGAGUUCUUCUGGAACUUUGAAGUGGAGUACAAGUUCUUCCUGGAGGUAGGGAGGGAGCCGCGGCAGGUGGAGCUUGUGAGCAACAAGAUGGUCUGCAAGCUCAAGACGGCGACGGAUGCUCCUCCUAGACCUGAGCUGACCUGCCAUCCGAGCAUGCAAGCAGACAUCACUUGGCUCUUGAGCGCCGUCGAUGAGCAGUCGGUGUUUCACUUCAAGGUCGACAGGAACAAGGGUUGCCGCACUCCCCGCAGGAACGUUCAAGUAGAGGCCCUGCUCGCCUCUGCUGCUGACUUCCGCUCCUGGUGUCAGAGUGUUGGCAACUACUUCUCUUCACUCGCAGUCGUGGCAGGGCAGCUGCCCUCGUCCUCGGAGCAGGUGGGGGAGCUGCUGGAGAGGCAUCAGAGUUUUAUUCCUGUCUAUCCUUUCUUCUUCGUCAAACAGGGAGACGAUGAGGGCCGCUCGGAGGCUCCUCAGCAUCUGUUCCCCCUCGACGAUCUUAACAGCAUGAUCCAGCGGCACAAGCAAGAUCUCUCGUCUUCCCUCACUUCGGCCGAGCAGGAGCUGAUCGCACGGAAAGGCUUCCUCGGGCCUCAGGAGGGCAGAGUCCUCUGCCUCCUCUUCCACCUCCUGCGCAUCGUCGAGGACCAUCACCGCAGUGUAAACCAUGUGGAGGACGGAAUGAGAGAGCAGCUGAUCUCCGCCAUCGGCAAGGAGAUUCUUCCCUCCGACUUCCUGAACUACAUGUGCUUCCACUACCGAAGGUUCUUCCUUCCGUCCUUCGCUCCCUCCCCCUUCUCCUUUGCCAUCCGUCGACCCGAUCACUUUCCCGACGGGGCCUUGACCAUGGAGUGCAAGAUGAGCAGCAGCGAUCAGUACGAGCCUGUGCUCACCUUCCGCAAGGAGACAACAAUCCCGCCCUCCUCCCCGAUGAGGAUGAAGAUCAACUCAGGCACUCAAGUUUCUUUCUGCGGCCAGCAGCAUCUCCACGGUUGGAUCUCUUUCGACUUCGCGGAGGAGGAGCAGAUCCAGCUGAAGCUCUGUGCUCGUGCGCGUCAGUUCAGCUCCUUCCUCGUCCUCAUUGGCACGGUCGUUUCCAAGGAGGAGUUCGAGGCGAAACAUGCGUCCAUCCUUCAGAACAAGGACGAGCUCGAGGUUCCCCUCCGGCUCUCCAGCAUCUCCUCUCCUAAGGAGUUCCGGGAUGCCAUUGAGUCGCUCUCCCCCGAGCAGCAGGCGUUCGCCCGCAGCUACCGCAAGAUGCAGCUCGGCUCUACCGUCUUUGCCGUCCUCGUCAUCGAGAUCAAGCCGCAGCUGGAGAAGCUGCUGAGCCUCGCGCCCGACAGCCUCAAGAAGGAGGUGAAGCUCACGCAGGACCUGAUGGAGCUCUUCCUCAAGUACCAGAUCCCCAGCGACCUCCUCACCUUCGACGGCGACCUCUCGACUCCAGCAGGGCAGAGGGUGGAGCAGAUCAAGGAGCACGUCAACAAGGUCAAGAGUGUCAUCAGCGAGACGCAGGAGGAGCAGCUCAAGUUGUCGGCCUUGGAGGCUGACAUGGCGAUGGAGGAGCUGACGGUCAAGGAGUGUUACAGCACCGCAUGCUACGCCAUGCCCCCACCUGCUCCUCCUCCUUGCGUGCGGAGGAUGUGUGCACCUGGAGCUGCGGGAGCCGCCGCGCCCGCCAUGGAAAGGAUGAUGAGCAUGGAGAAGAUGCCGACCAAGAAGAUGAAGAGCGGCAAUGCACUGCCGAAGCCGACGCCGACGCCGACGCCAGCUGAGACAGGAAGCAGCGGCAAGCAGCAGCAAUCAACGCAGGAGAGCAGCAUGAAACGAGAAGAAGCGGCCGAGGGAGGACGGGAGGGAGAGCUAGACAUCACCAAUAUCCCGGUCGCCCUGGACAAGCGCAUGGAGGAGGUGGACGAAGAAGGCGCGAUGCGAGCAUGCGUGCUUAAGCCUGACAAGACGUGGAAGAAACGAACCCAGAAGAAUCUGCUCGCAGCCCCAGAGACGCUAACGUUGCAGGAGGAGGAGCAGAGGAGGGAAAAGGAUAAAGCCUUUGACCUCCUCGAUGCGCUCUCUCGCUCCGGCAACCUUCUCAUCGACGCCUGCUCCCUGCACGUCGUGUUUCCUGCCUCCCAUCGCUUCGAUAAGUCGCUCAUCGAGACGGUCAUUGCUGACAACGUCAACCCCAUCGAAAGGGUCGAGAGAUCUUCUCUCAUCCUUUCCUCCAUCCUCCAGCAGGAGGACGCGAACCAGCUCGUCGCUCCUCCACACAGGGAGCGCAUCCGCGAGCUCUGCCCGUCCCUCUGCUCCUCCCUGCCUCGUCUGGCUUCUCACUGUGACUGAGCUUUUAAUGUUGCGAGCUACAAGAGCAUAACAUGCUCCUCCCAUAACCGAAACGUCGCCGCCCUGCUCAGCUCCAGCUGCCCGUGCAGCAUCUCUGCCACCAUCCAGAAGGGAGACGCGAAGAUCUUGAGAGUUACGAUGGUCGCCUUGAGGAAGGAGAUCACUAUCCCCACCGGCGCCUCCUCCUCUCCCAUCGCCAGAAAUCGCAGCAAGUCCUUCUUCGCAGAAGUCAUCCCGGCCCUCCCUUGUCCUUCUCCUGCUCGUCCUGCUGCUUCAGCAUCCCCACUGCUUCCUCCUAGCGAGCCUAGCGACGACACCAUCCUCGAGGCCUGCCGGCCAGCCCCGACGAGCAUGUUGAGGCUGGCUCGCUGCAGCUGUUGGCUCUCGGGGCUCAGGUGGAGGAAGCGAAGCAAGGAGGUCGCGGCACCCGUGAUGCUCUCGGCCGUUCCUG